AUGACAAAUUGACAACUACUAAUACUGCUACUACGUCUGUAACCAUCACUCCCGAAUGAGGCAGUAAAUCUAUAUCCGAUCUCUUCCUCCGAUCUCCGGCGAAGUCAAAUGCCAAAGUGGCCCUUUCUCCACACCCGAACCAAUUAUUACCAUUAGUCUCAUUCAACACCAACAUUAAGGUUUAAACCGCCAUUCUUUCUCUUUCUUUCUUUCUUUGAGGACAACGUCGAACACUUUCAUGGCUAGCACUCGAGAGGAUGCUCUCUCGUUCUUGAACCCUUCUACUUCUUCUCCAGUCACAGUCUCCGACGCUGACAGCUUUCUGCUCGACAGCUCCCAAAUCGGUAGCGCCUCCGGAAGCUUCCAAAACGAGGGAUUUCUUGGAGGCCUUGAUGCUACUGCUGCAGCUGUAAAUAUUGAUGCUGAGUUUGGAUUCUCUAGGCCUGAUUUUAGGCAGAGCCCGUUGGUCGGAACAGUCGAGUUCUAUGAGCGCCACGUGUUCCUUUGUUACAAGAAUCCGCAGGUUUGGCCUCCCCGGAUUGAGGCUGCUGAGUUUGAUCGCUUGCCCAGGCUUCUUUCUGCAGCUCUCUGUGCUAGGAAGGCUGAUAUGAAGAGACAGAUUCGGUUAGCAAUAUGUGAGGGGCAUGAUGGAACUGAGACAUCAAAUGGUGAUGUCCUAAUAUUUCCAGACAUGGUCAGAUACAGGAGGUUAACUCAUUUUGACGUGGACACGUUUGUUGAGGAAGUACUUGUGAAGGAUGGUGAAUGGUUGCCUGGAACUCCAGAAGCUCUAAGGGGCUGGUACAUAUUUGUGUGUUGUCAUGGUACUAGGGAUAGACGGUGUGGUGUUUGUGGGCCUGCUCUUGUUAAUAAGUUCAAUGAAGACAUCGAAUUACAUGGUCUUCAACAUAAGGUGUCUGUUAGUCCAUGCUCGCAUGUUGGGGGACACAAGUAUGCUGGAAACGUGAUCAUAUUUGGGCCAAAUAUCCAUAAAGAAAUCACUGGUCACUGGUAUGGGUACGUGACACCAGAUGAUGUACCAAUUUUGCUUGAGCAGCAUAUAAGGAAAGGAGAAAUUGUAGAUUGGUUAUGGAGGGGACGGAUGGGAUUAUCAGAAGAUGAACAAAUAAACUCUCAGGAACUACGGCUCACAAUGAACUUGAUGCAAACCAAUGAUAUAAGUUCCAAUACAUGUGGUUCUCAAGCAGAGGGAUGUUGCCAGGCAAAUGGAAACUCCCUUUGUUGCCAGAACCCUCCAUUACCAGAAAAGAGAGAGACUCCUGAACUAAAAGAAGAGGCAGGAAAGUUUACAGCUGAAAAGAACAAGAGCCUUAAGAAACAAAUUUCUCGACGGAAUAGUGGCAAAGGGGCUUCCUGUCGCAAGGUCUGUUCUAUGCCUACUUGGUUUGAAAGCUGGGAACGUGAAGACACAUACGCAACACUCGCUGUUAUUGGUGCUGUCCUAUCAGUGGCCUUUGCCUAUAAUUGCUUCAAACAGUUAAGUUUCUGAAGGAAGAUCAAAGUUUGGGUUAGAAGGGGAAAGGAAACACCAUCAGAUGUAGAAAUUUAAAAUUGGAGAAUGCAAAUGAUACAAGAUUGGUGUAUUGUGCUUCUUGUUUGCGCCGCUCGGAAUGCUGAUAUAUGUAAAUUCGGAAUCUGUAACUGUCAUAUUAACAGCCUUUUGUAAUCCUAAUUUCUUUGUGAAUAUUUAUCAAUUCCAUGUAAAGGUACCUGUGUCUUGUAUGCUCCAAUCUGAAAAUUAUGAAAUUAUGAACCUGGCCUGUUUCAAAUCAA